UGAUUUUAUAUUUUCAUUAUUGUAUAUAUAGAGUAUUAUUUACGAUUUUCAUUUUUCAAUUGUAUUAAGCUAUUGAUGUGACAUUUCAUCAUGUCCAUAUUCAAAACACGUAUAUAGUAAUUAAUUUUUGUCAGAUCAAUAAAUUAAACAAUAUUGUUAAUUUUACAGACGACUACAAAAACCGUUUCUAACGUUUUUUGAAACCUACAAUUAUUAGUGUGCGUUUUCAUUAUCGUACCAGUAACUUGUCAUUGCAUUUUUAGUCAAAACACUACAAAAUGUCUAACAAUUCCAUGGGCCAAGCAUCUAACAUGCCAACAAUAGGUGCAAUAAAUACUCAAGGAAUACAAUUUGUCAACAAUCCACUUCAGAGCCCACAGUUACAAAAUACUUCUAUACAAGGAUCACCUUCACAGCACAGUCCAAUGGGUACCCAGGUACAAGUUAGCGGCAAAGUAAAUCAAACAGGUGGUGGUGAUCAAACUACUCAGCUUCUUAGCAGACCUCGACUACAAGAGCUAGUAAGAGAGGUGGACCCCACUGUUCAAUUAGAUGAGGAAGUUGAAGAGAUGCUCCUCCAGUUGGCAGAUGACUUUAUUGAUACAACAUUAAAUGCGGCUUGUUCACUCGCAAAACACAGACAUGCUGCAACUGUAGAGCUAAAAGAUGUACAGUUACAUCUAGAGCGACAAUGGAAUAUGUGGAUUCCUGGUUUUGGAAACGACGAAUUGCGUCCAUACAAACGCGCGGCAGUCACUGAAGCUCAUAAACAAAGAAUGGCUCUUAUCAGAAAAACUAUUAAAAAGUACUAAGAGGACUGUCCUUUAAAUUAUAUAUUAUCUUCAUCAAUAAAAAUAAUCUCAGAGUAUUAUGGAUAGCAUUAAUUCUAAAAUAAAAGACUAUUUUAAAACA